AUGUAUUACCCCCCCCACCACAAUCUCUCCCCCCAAACGCCCCCCACAACCAUUCCACCGUUACUCUCUCACCCAACACCCACCAAAAACUCCCACAAACCACCAUCACCCCAACCCCCCACCACUCAUACUGAAACCACACCGGCCCUCCCCGCCCCAAAACCUCCACCGAACACAAUAAACCCUAAUCAACAAACACCAUCUACCCGCCUAACCGCAACGAGAAAUGCCCCAUCACCCCCAUUCACCCGCCAGCCCUAA